AUGAAUAGUGAAAUUUCUAGCGAAAUAACUAGUGGGGAUAAAAGAGAAAAUAUGCUUAAUGAAGCACCUACUGAUAUUGAAGAUGAUGAAUAUGAAAGGCAAAUAAUCAAAAACAGACGAUGCCAUCCGAUUUGGGGUUACUUUUCAUGGAGUAAAGAUUAUAAUAAUGUUGUUUGUAAUUUAUGUGGAAAUCCAUAUAGCUCUAAUACAGGUGUUAGUACAAUUAAAGGUCAUUUUAUGAAUUAUCAUAAAGAUGAAUGGAAAGAAAUUGAACAAACAAAAUUUACUAUUAGCUCAACUAAGAAUCGAAUAGAUCCAAAAUAG